AGCAGCUGGCAUCAGCCGCUGGACAGUGGGCCUACCAGAUAUAUCAUCAUCAUAGGAGAGAAGACCGGGCGAGAGCUCCGGGUGCUUCCUCCUUGCUUUUUCAGCGCGCCUGAUUCCGGCUGCCCCCCCUCCGGCCUCCGCUCAGGCUCAGGCCUCAGUCAGUCCUCGGAUCGAUCGAAUACAGCAGAGCUGUUCCCUUCCAGCCCCAAAUUCAAUCCCCCUAUGCUUAUGCUUAUGCUGGACCACGACCCUCCCUCCUGGUAGUGGUGGACACUCUAGAUUUCCAUCACCGAUUUCGUAUCUUCUUCCUCCGCCAGCGCCGCCGCCGACGCCCCGCCCACAAGGUUAGCUGCUAUCCCCAAAUCGAUUCAUGCGUGUCCUUCCUCCCACCUCCUGCUGGCUUCACUUCAUUCCAUUUCGUCCCCAUGCUGAUGCUGCAGCGGGGGUGCUUCCAGUCGGUCGCCGCAGCAGAGCAUAUGCAUUCCCUUCGCACAUCAAACUAACCAGGUUGGUACUGUAUACUACUUUCCUUUGCUCGAUUACCAGCCUCAGCACCCCCACCCCCAGCCUGCGUAUCUGCUCUACUUUCACCAACCUCGGUCUGGAGUCCAUUGGAAUUGGAUUGCCAGUCUCGUCUCAUUCCGUUGCUCAUGACAGGAGCCAGGCAGGCAAUGCACGCACACUUGUUAGAGCGAGAGCAGAGCUGACCACACCAGAAUACCAGUGAUCUCCCACCUCCAGUCCAAGAUGGGCCUCAAGGAGCAGCAUCCGCAGCUCGACCAAACUGAGAGAGAUGCCAUCAACUCACCCGCUUCUUCUGUUCCUAACGACGACCACCACCAGGGACCGGGCAUCCCCCGUGUCUCAAGCUGCAGCACCGACAACGAUUCUGGCCUUCCACUUUGCCGAGUCUGUCAUUGCGUCGAACCCGAUCUGAGAGGCGAGUCCGCCCUCGGGUUCUUGGGAAUCGCGCCGCCUUCCCCUCCCAGGACUGACACUGACUCCAUCACCACAUCGUCCACCAGCAAGGAUGCCAUCACUGGGCCAAAGGAUGACGCCACCGCCACCGGUGGCGGUGCUUCCAGUUUUGUUGAGUUUGUAAGCCCCGAGGGGGAGAUAUUCGUGUGCGCCACUGACGUCGAAUCGGGGCCCCUGCACCAGCAAGACCAUCUUGUGGAUCUAGGUUGUUCUUGCAAGAACGACCUUGCCCUUGCGCAUUAUGCUUGUGCGUUGAAGUGGUUCGUCAGCCAUGGAUCCACCACGUGCGAGAUAUGUGGAACUGUUGCCGCAAAUGUAAGGCCUCAGGAUUUCAACAAGGUUCUCGCGUCCCUCAAGGAUUAUGAAGCUCUCAGGGAAAGGACAUCCACUGGGGAAAUCUCAUACUUGCAGCAUGGGCCAGAUACUGGUGUUGAUCCAGACGCUGUCGCGGCAAUACGAAGGCAGCGGCUUAGCGAGAUCUCAUCUUGGUUCAAUCCUCACAACUCUCACGUGCCUGUUGCCCAAGGCCACAUUGAUCAACCUCAGCCGCCACUUAGUCCAACCAAUAAUUAUGUUCUGGAGCAUAAUGUUGUGGCGGCGAUGCCAGUACAUACAAGAUGGAGUUUGGAGAGCACUGGAGUUUUUGUUGCUACCUGCCUAGUUGUCAUUAUUCUUGCAUGGUUGGUUGCUCCACAUGUUGGCAAGAAAGCUGCUGUAAUCUGUCUUCAUAUGCUUCUUGGAGGUUUAUGCGUAUUGACUGUAGUAAUAUCCCUGAGAUUUGUAAGCAGAUGGUUUUCCCAAGAAUCCAGUAUGGGUCUAUGCAAUAUUGGGCAAUCUUGUUCGUGUCCUGGUUCCUUGUGUUUGGUGUUUGGGCUUCACGAACACGCAGCGCACGCUCCUCAUGAGCAUAUAGUGUAGCAUGAGUCAUUGUAGCAGACCCAAUUGCUUCACUACGGCAGUUUUAGGUACUGCAUCCUUGUAUAUUCACGUGUACUAUAUAAUGCUUGUCUUUUUCUGAGUUGUUCUAUAUAGAUGUAUAUGCUUGAUUCAGAAAAGAUGGAAAAUCAUGUGCAGCACUGGGUGUGAUUGUUUC